AUGAGCUCCGUUUCACCUUCAGCCGAUCCAGAGUUGCCCUUGCCGCCUGACGAGCAAGAUGCAGACUGCGAAGCCUGCACAAACACAGACGGAUCGAUGGGUCCAGGCUGCGGCGAUGCAUCUGCACUUCCUCUUCCGACACGGAGGAUAGCCAAAAGCCACAAGUUUGUUCCGCUGAGCCGUCCAGUUGGUAUGGUGGAUUUGGGGAGGGAUCCUUUGUCUUACACGAACUGCGGGAGCUGCGCAUGCAGCAGCUUGUGUAGAGGCGAUGGCUACCAUGAUUUCACGCAUACUCUCAGUACUGACAUGGGCUCAGUGAUGCCGACGAGCUCAGACCAGGAACAGGACGCGUGGGCAUCCCAAGAGUUCAUCGAAUCCCGGAAUCUUGUGUCGGCAGUCGGCGAAAGUGUCAGGCAGUCGCGCAAGUCCAUCAGUUUCCACCAAGAACACAUAGCAAACCUCGCAGGUGAUGAAGAGGAGUUUGCGGGCCAUGUCCUGCGUGCCUCCAAAGGAGGAGCAGACGUGGUGUCCGAGCUGUGCAGUGGAAUCGAAGAGGCAAUGUCCGACAUAGAAGACUACCGAUCCCAGCUUGCAACUAUCUGCGUCAACGUGCGAAGUGCUGAGCACAUUCGCCCGAGCGUCGUCCGAGAGAGCUGGGCUGAGCUCCCCGAUGAGACUGCAGCAGAAGGUGCUGCGGCGAGCAGCCACCAGGUGCUGCCGGAUCUGCCGGCACAGAAAAGCGUGACGUUCCCAUUACCUGACGAUGAUGAUGAGGUUCAGGCCACCUCACAGGCAACUGACAGAACGGGCAUCAACGCCCAGGUGCUGAGCGAGCGGCCGACCCUUACAGGCAGCGGAGAUCUCCCGACCGAGCUGCAAACAAAACGGCACAGCAGCACGUUCGCUCCUGCAAGCUAUCACCGGAUAAAGCAUCUGAUCCGGUCGGGCUCCAGGAUCUCGGACCUGGGACGUGCCACUGCCAAAGGUCCUUUUAAAUGGUCGGUUUUCUUUACGCGGAUUGUCCAGUCGCCCACGUUUGACUUGAUCUUCGCAGUUCUCAUCGUGCUCAGCAGCAUUGUUAUGUCUCUGCAGGUGCAGUUUCAUGGCUUCGAUGUUGGCUACGGGAUGGCUUACUUUGGCAUGACGGUGCCUGCCGACGAGCUCUGGCCGGAUGCCGUGGUGGUCUUCGACGUCAUCGAGCUGGUCCUUGGAGUCAUCUUCGCUUUCGAAAUCGUAGCGAGAAUGCUGGCUCUUCACUGCCGAUUCUUCUGUGACGCGUGGAACAUAGUUGAUCUGUGUGUUGUGAUAGCCUGGGCGGUAGAUACGGCAACGUCUGCGACGUUGCCGGUCGACCCUAUGCUUCUGCGAUUGGCACGACUGGUGAAGUUAUUCCGCUUGGUGCGUCUAAUCAGGAAGGUGAAAGGCUUCGAUUCGCUCUACAUCAUGGUCACCUCCAUCAAAGCGAGCUUCUCCGCACUCCUUUGGUCUACUGUCCUUCUCUUUGCAGUGCUCACGACAAUUGCUCUGGUUCUGACAACCCUCGUGGAAGUGUACAUUAACGACGAGAACAAUCCCAUCGAAAGGAGGAUGGAGGUCUUCGCGUACUAUGGCACCUUCACCCGUUGUUCUCUGACGCUUCUUGAGCUGACCUUGGCCAACUGGGUCCCGGCCUCCCGCAUACUGACGGAAUAUGUCAGUGAGUACUACACCAUCUUUGUGCUGGCAUUUCAAGCAUCCAUGGGUUUUUCAGUGGUGAAGGUCAUCAUGGGCGUUUUCCUGCAGAACACGUUUGCAGUAGCUGCCAACGAUGAUGUGAUCAUGAUGAACGCCAAAGACAGAGCCCUUCAGACUCACAAACAAAAGAUGGCCGUGCUUUUCGAAGCAGCAGACGACAAUGGCGACGGUCGCUUAGACCGUCAGGAGUUUCAAGACAUACUGGAAGAUCCAAUUGUUGCCAGGUGGUUAAGCGCAAUGGGCUUCGACACCUCUGUCAUGGCAAGCGAUGACAUAUUCGAUCUCCUUUGUGCCAAUGAUGCUGGCGAUCUCAGCGCAGAGGAGAUGAUCCACGGUGUCGAGAAGCUGAGCGGCCCGGCUUCUUCCUUGAACAUGGCACGUCUCCUCUACGAGGGGGAGUCGCUGCGCCAUCGAGUGGAGCUUAUGGCCGACGGCGUGAACCGGCAACUCGUGGGUCUGGGCUUGAAGGAGGUGACCCCGAGUCGCGUCUCAAUGAGACGGAUUUCGCGAGUCAGCUCCGAUCGUUCGCAGAGCAGAGCGACCAGUGUUACCACAUCAAGGACAACGAAAACUGUGUCGCAGAAGAUCUUCGCACAACGAAAGCUUGCCUCGUUUCAAGACGAAGCGCAAAAGUUCUGGGAAGUUGCACAAUACUCACUGCAGCACCUGACAGAGAGCUUCCAGUUCCAGCUAGUGUUUGCCUGCCUGAUCUGCGCCCUAACGGCGGUGAUGGCCUUCCAAGUUCAAUACAGGGGACUUGAAGCCGGGCAUCGACUGGGCUUUAGAGGCCUGGAAAGCCCCGCAAAGGAAGUUUGGCCCCAUGCAGAAACCGCGUUCGAGAUCUUUGAUAUCUUUUUUGGAGUUGCAUUCACCAUCGAGCUGGUCCUGAAACUGUUUGGGAGCCCAUGCAGCUUCUUCAAGGAUCCAUGGAACCUUCUGGAUGGGCUCGUGCUGGGCAUCUGGUAUUUGGAGAGGGUGACCUCGACAGCGUUCCCACUGGAUCCGAUGAUCUUGCGCCUCUUCCGCCUUUCGCGCCUCAUGCGCAUGGUCAGGCUAGUCAAGAUCUUCGAGCAGUGUGACGCCUUGUACUUGAUGCUGACCUCCAUUCGUGCCUCAUUUGCUGCGCUGGCCUGGUCAAGUGCCCUGCUGGUAUUGAUCCAGAUGAUGCUUGCUCUAGCGAUGGUGACCUUGGUGGAGCCAUACCUGACUGACCCGAACAGCACUGGGGACAAGCACGAUGUGUACAAAUACUAUGGGACCUUCACACGUGCCAUGCUUACGUUGUUUGAAAUCACACUUGGCAAUUUUGUCCCCGUGACCCGCCUCAUGAUGAGUGAUGUAUCUGAGAUCUACGUUAUCUUUGCACUGAUUCACAAGCUCGUGAUCGGCUUUGCAGUGGUCAUGGUCAUCACGGGUGUCUUUAUUCAAGAGACUGUGACAGUGGCCCAAACAGACAACACGAUUAUGCUCACUCAGAAAGAGCGUGCUCUCAACUUGCACAUGGCGAAAAUGACCGCCCUGUUCAAAGCUGCCGACUUCGAUGAGAGCGGACGGCUGGAUCGAGGUGAGUGGCUGCAGGUCUGUGAUGACUACUCGGUACAGCUGUGGCUGGCCGCCAUGGGUUUGGACGUGAGCAAUGCGGCACUGGUUCAUGAGCUGAUAUGUGCUGCAAAUGGGCUGGAGGACCUUUGUGCCAAGGAUCUGGUGAUGGGUGUGGCGCGUCUCAAAGGCGCUGCCAGAAACAUUGACAUGGCGCUCUUUCGGAAGGAAUUCCUGCAGACCUCAAAGGUUGUGGAGGAGAUUCAGGAAAGCGUGCAGCAGUUGCAGCAGGUUGUACCAGAUAGCACAUCGCGAAAAAUGUGUCCGGUGCAACCAAGCUGUCAGAGCAUGUCAGAGCCUGGCACGACUGGCGUUAGUACGCAUUGCACGCAUGUGACGGUCUCUUUGCUGCAAAGAGUCUGCAAAGCGCAUUUCUUGAUCAGCAGCUCCUCCGCAAGGCUUGAAUCGGCUUGA